GCGGCGUCUACGCCCCGGGGGCAGGGCUGCCCCGCCCGCUGCCCAGGGCAGCGCUGGCCCCGCGGGCGGCGUUCUCGUUCCACAAGCCCGAGCGGCGCCGCUGCUCGUGGCGCUGCGCGGCGCUCAGCGCCACGGGGCUCGCGGCCACCCUCGCAGUGCUGCUCGCAUACUUCGUCGCUAUGCAUUUGUUCGGAUUGAAUUGGCAGCUGCAGCCCACAGACGUGCACACCUAUGAGAACGGGGACAGCAGAGCCAAGAGCCCUCCCGUGGGCGUGGGUCCCCAGUCGUUGGAUGCGGGCGAGGUGUGGGUGGGUCGCGAGUACCUGCAGGACGUGCCGCCGGGCGUCUACUGGCGGACCCGCGUCUCGCUCGACGGCGGCGCGCGGCUCCUCAAGUUCAACGUCAGCCUGCCCCGCGACGCGCUGCUCGCCGCCUACGGCCGUAGGGGGCUGCCCCCCACUCACACGCAGUACGACUUCGUGAAGCUUCUGGACGGCAGUCGUCUGGGGGGUGGCGGUGGCGGCGGCGUUGGCGCGGCGGGGACCACCCGCGAGGAGAUGGAGCCCUCGGCAUUCCCGGGAGACGUCGCGGGGGGCGAGAGAGCGAGACGCAGCCCCGGGCCUCAGGGGGCGGCGAGGGCGGCCCGGGGGGCGGCGGGAGGAGCGGGGGGUCGGGGCCCCCCGCGGAGGCACGCGGGCUUCAUCGAGUACCUGGAGGGGGGCACGUGGCACCUGGCGCUGUACAAUGACGCCCACAGCACCCAGCUGCUGUCGUUCAGCACCAGCGCCGUGGAGUCUCUGGAGGCCUGUCCCAACAACUGUCAUGGUAACGGGGAGUGCCUCUUGGGAUCCUGCCACUGCUUCCCCGGCUUCGUUGGCAUCGACUGCGCAAGAGUGUCGUGCCCCGAGCUGUGCAGCAACAACGGGGAGUACGCGCUGGGGGAGUGCCGCUGCCACACGGGCUGGAAGGGCCCCGAGUGCGACGUCCCCGCGUCCCACUGCCUGGAGCCGUCCUGCGGGGGCCACGGCGCCUGCGUCAUGGGGGAGUGCGUCUGCCACGGGGGCUACAAGGGGCCCGGCUGCACCGAGGUGGACUGCCUGGAGCCGGCGUGCGGGGGCCGCGGGGUGUGCGUGCGGGGCGAGUGCCGCUGCAACGCCGGCUGGGGGGGGCCCUCGUGCUCGCUGCCGCGGCCCCCCUGCCCGCACCUCUGCUCGGGACACGGCUCCAGCGAGGCGGCCGAGAGCGGCGCGUGCGAGUGCGAGCCCGGCUGGACGGGGGCCCAGUGCGAGAUCGAGGAGUGUGCCGAGGAGUGCGGCGAGCACGGCGCCUGCGUGGCCGGCGCCUGCCGCUGCGAGGAGGGUUGGGGGGGGCCCGGCUGCCGCCACGGGGGGUGCCCCCCGGCGUGCGGCGUCCACGGCACCUGCCGGCACGGGGCGUGCACCUGCGACGAGGGCUGGAGCGGAGACACCUGCACCAUAGCCUACUACAUGGACAACGUGGUGAAAGAGGGCUGUCCGUCGCUGUGCUCGGAGCACGGCCGCUGCUCGCUGGGCCACGGCGGGUGGCGCUGCCUCUGCGAGUCGGGCUGGAGGGGCAGCGCGUGCGACGUGGCCGCCGAGACCGCGUGCGGGGACGGCAGGGACGACGACGCCGACGGCCUCACCGACUGCCUGGACCCCGACUGCUGCGUGCAGCCGUCGUGCCGUGCGGCCCCGACCUGCCGUGGCUCCCCGGACCCGGCGACGCUGCUGAGGCGGCCGCGGCCCGGCUCGGCCACGGCGCGCGCCGGGCCCGGCCGGGGCCGCGGGUGGCCCCCGGCCUCCUUCUGGGAGCGCGUCGGCUUCCUGCUCGGCAGGGACAGCGUGCACGUGGUGCCCGGAGAGAACCCCUUCGAUAGCAGCCGAGUGUGCGUGAUCCGGGGUCAGGUGACCACGGCGGACGGCUCCCCGCUGGUCGGGGUCAACGUGAGCUUUGUGGGGCUGCCCGCCCUGGGCUUCACGCUCACUCGGCACGACGGAUACUUCGACCUUCUGGCCGAGGGCGGCGGGUCAGUGGCGCUGCGUCUGGAGCGGCCCCCGUUCGUGGUGCGCGUGCGCUGGGUGCGCCUGCCCUGGCGACGGCUGCUGGUGCUCGAGCCGCUGGUUCUGCGGCGCGAGCAGAACGAGAUCCCCAGCUGCGACCGCUCGGGGCUGGAGCAGCCGGACCCCGUGGUGCUCGCCUGGCCACCAGCCGGGGUCCAUGCCGAGCCCCACGUGGGGGCGGGGGGAGGGGAGGGCGCCGGCGAGGACGUGCUGCCGCUCACGCAGACGCUGCGCGUGCGGCUGCCGGUGCCGGGCUCGUCGCUGCGCCUCUCCUACCGCAGCGACGGCGCCCCGGCGCGCCGCUCGCUGCUGCGGCUGCUGCUGACGCCGGCGGCGCCCCCGGCGCGCCUCGCCACCGUGCGGCUCCUCCUGGCGGUGGAGGGGCGGCUGCUGGAGCGGCGCUUCCCGCCGGCGCCUCGCCUCGCACACACCCUGGCCUGGGACCGCACCGACGCCUACGGCUCGCGGGUCUACGGCACCGCACACGCCGUCGUGUGGGUGGGCUAUGAGUACACGGGCUGUGCCGAACUGGUGCUGUGGGAGCGCCGUGCGGUGGAGCUGCCGGCGUUCCCCCUGGAGCCGUCCGGGAUCGCCGGGUGGAGCCUGGAGCCGCACCACGCCCUGGACGUGCCCAGCGGCAUCCUGCACCGCGGCGACGGCUCAUCGCUUUCGCUGCGCUCCCAGCCGCCGGUCAUCUCGACGUUCGUGGGCUCCGGGCGGCGCCGCCCUCUCUCGUGCCCCCCGCCGGGGGGCUGCCGGGGCCCCGCCGAGUCGGCGCGGCUGCUGGCGCCGGUGGCGCUGGCGUGCGGCGCGGACGGCGCUGUCUACGUGGGGGACUACAACCUGGUGCGGCGCGUGGAGCCCGCCGGGAACGUGAGCACCGUCAUGGAGCUCAGGAGUAAAGAGUUCAAGCACAGCGCGACGCCGGCUCACAAGUACUACGUGGCCGUGUGCCCCGUGACGGGCGCCGUCAUCGUGUCGGACGGCGCCACGCGCCGCCUCUACCGCGUGCGCCCGAUGCCGGCGGGCGGCGACGACGGAGGGCCGCCCCCGCCGGUGGCGCCGGCCGAGGUGCUGGCGGGCACCGGCGAGCAGUGCCUGCCCAUGGACGGCGCCAAGUGCGGCGACGGAGGCCGCGCCACGGCCGCCAGCCUCAACCAGCCCCGCGGCGUGGCGGUGGACGAGCGGGGCCUCGUCUACUUUGUGGACGGCAGCUCGGUGCGCCGCGUGGACCAGAACGGCGCCAUCUCCACCGUGCUCGGCUCCACGGGACUCGCCGCCGCCUCCGCUCGCCCGCUCAGCUGCGGGGACUCCAUGGACGCCGCGCAGGUGCGUCUGGAGUGGCCCACGGACCUGGCCGUGAGCCCGCUGGACAACUCGCUGCUGGUGCUGGACAACGGCGUCGUGCUGCAGGUGUGGGACGGGCGCCGCGCCCGCGUCGUGGCCGGGCGCCCGCUGCACUGCACGGCGCCCGGCGGCGUCGAGGCGCCGGCUCCGCCGCUUGCGCCGCCGCCGGCACCGCGCUCGCCGCUGCAGUCGCCGGUGGCGCUGGCCGUGUCGCCGGACGGAGCGCUGCACGUGGCCGAGACGGACGGGCGCCGGCUGCACCGCGUGCGGCGCGUGGCGCCCGAGGGCGGCGCCGUCACCGUCGCGGGAGGCGUCUCGCCGUGCGACUGCGGCGCCGAGUCUGGCGCCGGCGCUGCGGCCGUGGCGACCGGCGCCGGACCGCCCGCCGCGGCCUCUUCCUCCUCCUCGUCGUCUUCGUCGUCUUCGUCGUCAUCUUCGUCAUCUCCGCCGUCGUCGUCCACGUGCAGUCGUACGCCGCCCUGA